CAUCUUGACAUUCAAUUUUGAAUCCAACCUAAAACCUCAAAUUGUAAACCUAAACCCUAAAUUAUUGAAAUUAAAGUAAAUUUUGAAUGAUUUUUGUACAAAUUAUUGUAUUUUCUUGUCCAUCAUAUCAUACGUGACAAUUACCGUUUCCUUAGAAUAACGAUUAUGAGACCGGUGCAUUCAGUGCACCUAAAAUAGUGAGUGCACUGAUUACGCAACUAUAUAAUAAUUGGAAAACCUUCUAAACAUAUUAUUACUAGAAUGACUAAUCAAAUUUUUUCAAUAAAAUAGAUAAAUUAGUAAAAAUAGUAAACAAAUAUCAAGAAGAAUAAUAAACAGAAAAUGUAAGUGGUACCGGGUGCACAUAUAAUAGAGUUUAGUGAUACCCGACGCCCUAUUCAAGUUUAAGUGGUAUGUCUAUCAUAAUUCUCAAACUUAAAUUACACUAGGUAUUUUAAGUACAAAUUAAUCGAGCACAAAUUGAUUAAGGAUUAAAUUAUAACCGAGAUAAUGGUUACGAUUAUAACCGAAUCGACUAAAUUGUCUUCCUCCGUCACAUUUAGGGCCAGUCCAUCGCCGCAGUAUCCAUCCGCCAGUUUUGCCCGAAAAUGCCCCACCGGAGCUCCCAAAUGCACCGUUCUUUCUCGUCCCUCGCGCCGCCGACCGCCGCUCUUCUGGCGGAAAGAGCUCUGCUCCUCCUCAAACGCCACCCGUACCACCUGAACUCCCUCGCUCCCGAAUUCACGCCCGAAGCAGCUUCCCAUCUACUCCUCAAAUCUCAGGACGACCAAUCCCUAACCCUAAAAUUCCUCGACUGGGCGCGGCCUCACCAGUUCUUCAACCUCCGCUGCAAGUGCCUGGCCGUCCACAUCCUCACCAGGUUCAAGCUCUACAAAACCGCCCAGACCCUGGCGCAGGACAUCGCCGUCACUACCACCGCGGACGACUCCGGCGGCGGAUUCGUGUUCCAGUGCCUCAAGGACACCUACUUCAUCUGCAAUUCCAGCUCGGCGGUGAUCGACCUGGUGGUGAAGUCCUACUCCCAUUUGAAUUUGAUCGAUCAGGCUCUCAACAUUGUGAAUUUAGCCAAGGAGAAUGGGUUUAUGCCGGGUGUUCUGUCUUACAAUGCGAUUUUGGAUUCCUUGAUUAGGUCUAGGAAGCCGUUUAGGUUGGUUGAGGAGGUUUAUAGGGAAAUGGUAGCUAGCAGGGUGUCUUUGAAUGUGUAUAGUUAUAAUAUCUUGAUUAGGGGGUUUUGCAGGGCGGGGAAUUUGGAAAUGGGGUUGAGACUUUUUGAGGAGAUGGAGAAGUAUGGCUGCUUGCCUAAUGUGGUUACGUAUAAUACGGUGAUCGAUACUUAUUGUAAGUUGAAGAGAAUGGAUCAAGCGUUUGGAUUGAUGAGAUCGAUGGCUUCGAAGGGAUUGGAGCCUAAUCUGUUUACUUAUAACAUGGUCGUGAAUGGUUUGUGUAGAGAGGGAAGGAUGAAGGAGACUGAAGAGGUACUUUUUGAGAUGAAAGAGAAGGGCUUUGUGGCUGAUGAGGUUACUUAUAACACAUUGGUGAAUGGUCACUGCAAGGAAGGUAAUUUUCACCAAGCUCUUAUGCUCCAUGGGGAGAUGAUGGGGAAUGGGUUGUCGCCUAAUGUUAUUACCUACACGUCUUUGAUCAACAGUAUGUGUCAAUCUGGGAAUCUGAACCGAGCAAAAGAUUUCUUUGAUCAGAUGCGUGUUAGAGGACUUUCUCCCAACGAGAGGACCUACACAACAAUGGUAAAUGGGUUCUCACAACAGGGGUACAUGAAUGAGGCUCAUCAACUGUUGGAUGAAAUGAAAGCUAAUGGGUUCUCUCCUUCCAUUGUGACGUUCAAUGCCUUGAUAAAUGGAUAUUGUGUUUUGGGGCAGAUGGAGGAUGCCAAGAUGGUGUUUCAUGAAAUGGAAAGGAAAGGUUUUGAGCCAGAUGUAGUCAGUUACAGUACUAUCAUAACUGGAUUUUGCAGAGCUCAAGAGUUGGACAAGGCAUUUCAUAUGAAGAUGGAAAUGGUUCAGAAAGGUGUUGCUCUAGAUGCCAUAACAUACUCAGCAAUCAUUCAGGGUCUUUGUGAACAAAGAAAGUUGAUCGAGGCAUGUGAUAUGUUUCAAGAAAUGCUGAUUAUGAGAGUACCUCCUGAUCAGGUUACUUAUACAACCUUGAUUGAUGCCUUCUGUAAAGAAGGAGAGUUGAACAAGGCCCUUGAAUUGCAUGAUGAAAUGACACGAAAGGGUUUUCUGCCUGAUGCUGUUACCUAUAGUGUACUUAUUAACGGACUAAAUAAACAGGCUCGAACUAGGGAAGCGAAGAGGCUAUUGCUCAAGCUUUGCUACGAUAAAGCCAUUCCGGAUGAUGUCAUGUAUGAUGUUCUCAUAGAGAACUGCAGCAACAUGGAAUUCAGGAGUGUGGCAGCUCUUAUAAAGGGGUUUUGUAUAAAGGGCUUGAUGGGAGAAGCAGAUCGAGUUUUUGAAUCAAUGAUUGGAAGAAACCACAAGCCAGAUGAGGCUGUGUUUAACGUCAUAAUACAUGGUCAUUGUAGAUGGGGGAAUGUAAAGAAGGCGUAUAAACUAUAUACAGAAAUGAUUCAGUUGGAUUACAUUCCUCAUACCAUGACCAUCAUUAGUCUGGUUAAGGCCCUCUCCAGUGAAGGGAUGAAUGAGCAGUUAAACCUAGUCGUCGGCCACAUAUUGAGGAGCUGCAAGCUUAAUGAUGCAGAGGCUUCUAAAGUACUUGUGCAAAUCAACAACAAUGAAGGGAAUAUGGAUGUCGUUUUCAGUUUGCUUGACAAGAUGGCGAAGGAUGGUCUUCUUCCAAAUAGUGGGGCCUCUGGUCGGUGAUCGGGUAUAUGUCAAUCCGACGACAAUUCUUCUACCUGUCAAGCUUUAUCCUAAGAAUACAGGGCCUUCUAUUGCAUUGAUGAGUAGGUAUAACUCAGCAACAACCAUGAUUACUCAUUUUUGCUACAUCAACCCGGUACGAGGUUUGAAUGGUCAUGGCUGUUAAGCAUUAGUUGCGAUGCCUGUCCCUCAGGAGAAGUCCUGGUGAGUGGAAAUUUAUGACUGCUUGACCGUUAUGUUACCAGCAGUUUUAGAAAAUACAGGGAAGUCCUGAAGCUCCCAAGUGUUCAAAGUGAGCACCGCGUUGUGGUCGAAACUAGACCCAUAGUGGUUUGCCAAUGAACCCAAGAAGGGCUUUAUGCAUUGGCAUUGUAGAUUGUUCAUGCUAUAGGGCAAAUAGGAAGAAAGAAAUAGGAACAGAUAUC